AUGUCACCUGUGAUAAAAUCCUGCAUUUUCUUGGCAAUAAUUUCCAUUAAAGUAUCAGCACAAAGUAGCAACUUAUCCAACGGCUUCAAUCAAGCUCAGCUAAGUUCAAAAAUCAACGUGGCAGAUGAUUCAAUUAGUUUUCCAUCAGACGAUUCUGGUUCAGACACUAAAAGAAUUUCGAAUGAAGGCCAAUUCCUGGAACCAGAAGAACGCCGCUACGUUUCAAACGAUCACACCAACCACAAUCUGGAUAAUCAAAAUUCUGAACCAUUCAAAGUCGAUCCAGUUUACCAUAAAUACGAUCAAAUGACUCAGCUCCUGAGACAAACUACUGCCAAAUAUCCGUCCUUAACUGCAUUGUAUUCAAUUGGAAAAUCCAUACGAGGAAGAGAUUUAUGGGUCAUGGUCGUAUCAGCUUCGCCUUACGAACACAUGAUUGGCAAACCAGAUGUUAAAUAUAUAGGAAAUAUUCACGGAAAUGAAGCUGUUAGUCGUGAAUUACUUUUGCAAUUGAUACAGUAUUUGGUAACAAGUUACAGUUCAGAUCCGUACAUAAAGUGGCUCUUGGAUAACACAAGGAUCCACAUAAUGCCGUCAAUGAAUCCAGACGGUUUUGAAGUUUCAAAAGAAGGCGUAUGCGAUGGGGCUCAAGGGAGGUACAAUUCGCAAGGGUACGAUUUGAACAGGAAUUUUCCGGACUAUUUUAAGCAGAACAAUAAAAGGCCCCAGCCUGAAACUGAAGCUGUUAAGGAGUGGAUCAAGAAGAUUCAAUUUGUGCUGAGUGGGAGUCUUCAUGGUGGGGCUUUAGUUGCCAGUUACCCGUUCGAUAAUACUCCUAAUUCACGAGUUUGUGCUUCGUCCGCCUUGUGCGCUAUGUUUUCAAGUUACACCUCCUCACCUUCACUAACUCCCGACGACGACGUAUUCAAACAUCUAUCUCUCACCUACUCGACCAACCAUGCGAAAAUGAGCAAAGGAGUUUCUUGUAGGACUUCGCAAAGUCAAUUCAGACGGGGUAUUACCAAUGGAGCAGAAUGGUAUCCACUUACAGGUGGUAUGCAAGAUUAUAACUAUGUAUGGUACGGUUGCAUGGAAGUUACCUUGGAAGUUUCUUGUUGCAAAUAUCCUCCGGCUUAUGAGUUGCCGAAAUAUUGGGAAGAUAAUAAAGCAGCUUUAAUCAAAUACCUUGCCGAAGCCCACCGAGGUGUUCAAGGUUUCGUAUUUGACGAAGCUGGCAAUCCUGUUGAAAAAGCUUCGUUGAAAAUCAAAACCAGAGAUGUUGGUUUUCAAACAACCAAGUUUGGAGAAUUUUGGAGGAUCCUGUUGCCUGGAAUCUACAAACUUGAGGUUUACGCUGAUGGUUUUGUUCCAAGAGAAAUCGAGUUCAGAGUUGUUGAAGAGCAUCCGACGUUGCUCAAUGUGACUCUACAAGCAGCUCAGCGCUGGCAACAAUUUUCUCGGUUGGUGACCGAUCCUCCAAAACUUCAAUUGCAACUGGACGGUUUGCCGCCAAGCAAAGACGCUGUAAAUUUCCCUCAAAAUAAACAAUAG